CUGACCAGACGCAGUUCUCCGUUCACUUCAUCAGGAGUCCGCUGUCCUUGUCGCCUGCCUUCGCCUCUCGAAUAAGAGAACAGAGUUCGUUUCUAGUUUCCUCUUCUUCUACUCUUCUAGGGUUAGGUUAGAUCGAGAGAUAAAGAGGGAGAGAAAGGGUGACAGAGCUGCGUCGAUGGAUAGGCACAGAGGCGACCGCUCUGGGGACCGCCACGGCGACCGUUCGGGAGACCGCCAGGGCGACCGGUACGGGGACGGCGGGCGGCGGACGUCGUCCCGGUGGUCCUCCGACAGCCCCACCCACCAGCACCAUCGUUUCCCCAGAGGCGGUGGCGGUGGCGGAAGCGAGGGGUUCUCCAGCGGCGGCGGAGGGGCUGGACGCUACCACCCCUACCGUGUUCCUCAGGACUCCCCUGUACCGCCGCCUCCUACUUCUGGUGGCGAAGGGUUCCGCAGUGGUGGCCGCGGCGGCGCCGGUGGGGGUGGCUUUGACCCUUCAAUGCAGAUGGGUGGCCCUAGACGUGGCGGGUUUUCUGGCCGUGGAGGCCCUCCUACAGAUCUUGGCGAUGGGCACAAAUUUGCAAAACUAUUUAUUGGAUCAGUUCCAAGAACAGCAAGUGAAGAAGAUAUUCGGCCCUUAUUUGAGGAACAUGGGGAUGUAGUUGAAGUGGCCUUCAUCAAGGAUAGAAAAACUGGUGAGCAGCAAGGCUGUUGUUUUGUGAAGUACACAAAUUCAGAAGAGGCAGACAGAGCCAUCAGGGCUCUGCACAAUCAGUAUACUUUGCCUGGUGGUUUGGGUCCUAUUCAAGUAAGAUAUGCAGAUGGGGAAAGGGAACACCAUGGUGCAGUUGAAGACAAACUAUUUGUUGCAUCACUGAAUAAGCAAGCCACUGCAAAGGAGAUUGAAGAAAUAUUUUCUCCAUACGGGCUUGUUGAGGAUGUCUAUAUUAUGAGAGAUUCAUCUAGACAAAGUCGAGGAUGUGGCUUUGUAAAGUUUGCAAGCAGAGAGAUGGCAUUGGCAGCUCUAAAAGCUCUUAAUGGAGUUUACAUUAUGAGGGGAUGUGAUCAGCCAUUAGUUGUUCGAUUUGCUGAUCCAAAGAGGCCAAGGCCUUCAGAACCAAGGGGUGGUCCAGCAUUUGGUGGUCCUGGAGUCAGUCCUCGAUCUGAGGCAGCAUUAGUGAUCAGACCAACAGCUAAUCUUGAAGAGCCAAGGAAUGGUCAGAUGCCUCCUGAUGCCUGGCAUUCAAUGAAUACACAGUCACUUGGACCACCUCCUCAGCUUUGCGUCUUGGGACCCACUGGUGGGCCUAGCAAUGGAUCUACUUUGAGUCUUUCAGCACCACUUUUGACAGAACAGAGCUUCAACCCUGCAAUGGUUUCAAUCAAUCCUGCUGCUGGUCAAGAAAUAUCACUGCUGCAGAAGCCACUCAUGCCCUCCCAAAGCCUACCAACUUCUCUAAAACUGAAUCAGAGCCAACAAACUCCGGCUUCCAACACACGGACAUUAAAUUUACAGGCACCAAUGCAGCAGCUGGGCCAACUUCAGUCUGCUGGCUUAACCUCCUUUAACCAAACUUUACCAUCACAACAGUUACCUGGUAUUGGUGGCCAGCCAUCCACAUCACAGUCGUUAAUCCAGCAGAAUGCCUCUUCUGUUGCUCUGCAGGCCCCCUUAAGUGUACAACAGCAGGCUAUGCCUGCUAUUGCUCAACAGCAGUUUCCUGCACCAAAUGCUGCACAGCAACUGCUUCAGCAGUCUGUUCAACAGUUUCCGUCACAACUACCACAGAUGCUGCUGCAGCAGCAAGCACAAACUUUGCAAUCAAGCUUUCAAUCAUCACAGCAAGCAAUUAUCCAGCUGCAACAGCAGCUUCAACUAAUGCAGCAACAGCAACUUUCUCAUGCUGCUAAAGCACAAUCUGCAUGGAGCGGAUCACCACCAACAUCCAGCAUUGCAUCUAGCACGCAGUCUGCAAAGCCCUCUUCUGCUGUUAAUGCUUCACCUGCAGUUCCUUUGACUUGCAAUUGGACAGAGCACACCUCUCCUGAAGGAUUUAAAUACUACUAUAAUAGCAUAACACGUGAGAGUAGGUGGGAGAAACCUCAAGAGUUCGCAUUAUUUGAGCUACAGCAGCAGCAGCAACAGAAAUUGCUAUUGUUGCAGCAGCAACAGAAACCUGCUCUCCCGCAACUUCCAUCACAGUCUGAUACCCAAUCACACACACAGGUUCAGCCUGCCCAGCAAGUUUCUCAAACACAGCAGGUUCAAUCUCAAAUGAGGAACCAACAAACACAGUUGCAGCUUCAACCUUUGAGUAUGGACUUUAACUAUGCUCAACCACAAGCAACUGGUUCUGUUGAUCAUUCCAGAGUCCAACAGAGCAUCCGAGUUGCGCAGGAGUGGGCUUUGAAAAACAAAUCUGCAGGUUCUUGAUGGUGCCGUCAUCUGGGAGCUGCAUGAAAGGACUUCUUCAGGCAGGCCCAGUGGAUGUUUUGACGCAGUGCCAGAAACUCGACUUCCUGGUUUUGUUGUCACCGAGCGAAGGUUUUGAGAAAUGCAUCAGGAUGUGUAAACUGUCAAAGCAUUAGUAUAAAUAUAAGUUUCAUUUAUUUAUCAACCCUAAGUUGAAACG